AUGUGUCACGAGGAUCUGAUCCCGUACUACUUCACGGUGCUAAAGCAAGCUAAGAAGUUCAAAGGUUUCUUCAUUAUAUAUAUUCCACGAGCUCAAAAUGCUUAUGCAGAUGCUUUAGCCUCAUUGGUGAUCUCAUUAGCAUUGCUCCCAGGGGCUGAAACAAUGAUUCCUGUCACCGAAAGCGAAUUAUAUUAUUCAAAGCUUCCUAUAGAAGAAAGUUCAGACAAGACAAUGACAGGAGAAGUUUGCACAACCUCCAUGGAGCUUGAAUUUAGGGAUUGGCGAUUCCCGUACAUCGACUAUGUCGUGUAUGGAAUUUUGCCCGACAAUUCCAAGAAAGCGGCCGCGAUCAAACGAAAGGCCCUCAUAUUCUAUUACGAUGCAGUUUCUCAAAUCUUGUAUCAUAAAUUACAUGACGGAGUUUUGCUUCGAUGCUUCUCACGAAAGGAAGCAAAAAAGGCCUUCAAGGAAGCUCACAACGGAAUGUGCGGAGCUCAUAAACCCGGGGCUAAGUUGGGAGAUCGCUUCCGAAGAAUUAGCUAUUAUUAG